AUGGUCCAGUCAUUCUUUACAUUCUUUUCUUUUCUCGUAUGCGUCAACUCUGCAUUAAUUCCAUCCCCAUUACUCAAUCGCGAUGACACACCCAGCUCAGUAGCUCCAGCACCAUCACUUCCCUCAUGUGCACUUUCCUGUAUCGCAUCAGCAGUUGCCUCUCAAACAACUUGUGGUGCGGCAGAUUUAGCUUGUCAAUGUGAUCCUGAUAAUGCGAGUUUAAUUCAAGGGGAAGCGACGAGUUGUGUUCUUGGUGCUUGUGGGAUUGAGGAGGCUCUUCAGGUCCUGAAUGAUGCUACUGCGGAAUGUUCUUCUGUUCUUGCGGCUGAAAGUGCUACUGCUAGUACGAAGCCUUCUUCAACAGUACCACCUGUAGUUCCAUCCGCAGCUCUUACUUCGUCGCCUCUCGGCACGUCAGCAACCUCAUCAUCACUCCCCCCUACUACAUCUUCUCCCCUUGACUCCGGUUCCCCAUCUACAGCUCCAUCUGCACUCCCAUCAUCAGCAGCCCCAUCAUCCAUCCCCUCCUCAACACCAAAUACAUCGCCAAACACCACAUUUAUUAUUCCAGCUUGUGCGCUUGGAUGCAUUCAAAACGCGAUUAAGUAUACCGAUUGUGCAUUUGCGAAUUUGACAUGUCAAUGUGAAAAGGAGAAUGUUGGGGUUAUUCAGAGUGCGACUGCUAAUUGUGUGGUGGAGAGUUGUGGGGAUCAGGGGGAUUGGAUUGCUGUUGAUGUCCAAAGAGGGCAAACUGAUAACUGUACCUCAUUAUCACCUCCUUCUGGUUCAAACUCCAGUUCCAGUUCAUCAUCAAUAACUGGCUCAGCAACGGCUAAUUCACAAACACAAAUAAGUCUCACAGGCAACCCAUCUGCGGUAUCUACAACAGUGCAUCCAUGUGGACCUCCUAUUCCCGAUUCCUCAACUACAUCUACAGCCUCAAGUCUGAGUUCAUCAGAUCCUUCUGAUCCAGGAAACUCUGCUUCUUCAACAAAUCCAAGUGGAAGCUCCCCUACAGAUCCUGGUGGCGAUGGAGGAAAUGUUCCAUCAUACUAUUCAUAUCCUUCGGGACCAAGCCUGACGGAUCCACUGAGUUCGCCCACUUCUAGCGGUGGAGAUCCAUCAGCUGCUGCUUCUAGCACACCUACUGAUUCGGGAUCAGCUUCUUCAACUAAUACUAGUGCAGAUCCAUCUGGAGGUUUUACAUCUACACCAACCAGUCCCAGUUCAACAACAAAUAGCGGUUCUUUCCCAUCGGAUGGCUCAUCUACUCCAACAGAUCCCGGAUCCACUUCUUCAACAAACGCAAGUAUAGAUCCAUCUGGAGGUUUUAUAUCUACAACAACUACUCCAGGGUCAUUCUCUUCAAGCAGUUCUUCAAACCCGACAGAUCCACCAGGAAGUACUGAUCCCUCUGGAGCAGCUUCAAGUACAUACCCUGGAGACCCAUCUGCUGCUUCGAGCACACCUCCUGCAGGCAAUGGAAAUGGUAGUUCUCCAAGUUAUGGAUUUGGUUAUGGUGGUUAUUAUCCUUCUAAUACGCCUACGCCUACUGGGACUGGAGAUAAUCCAGGUAAUCCUGAUUCUUAG